AUGCUUGAUCUGCCCGAUGUCAAGAGAGUUCGCCGAGAGGACCUCGAGGCCUCUGAAAGAUGCGACUGGAACGGAAGCGGAGAUGAGAGUGUCGAUGCGGAACUUUAUGCGCGAUUGAAUGCUCAGAUUGCGCAAUCACUGGGCCUCGACGUCAAGGCCAAGCCAGCCAGCCACGCGACGGACGAGCCUCGACAAAAUGUCACCGCCAAUGUCAACGACAGCCGCAAAAGUGCCACGGAGGAGACGAGUGACGUUGGCAAUCAAGACGAAACCGUGGGCGAAUUCGAGUUUCGCCUUUUCAGCUCGGCGGCAGGGGCUGCCCCCAAGGUCAUCCUGGACGACCAUCUAGCGGCGCAAGGCGAGGGCGGUCUGGUGCAUCAGCGGCCUGAAUCCUACUACCUCGUCACCAGCGUCACUUCUGCCCUGAGGCAAGAGUAUGCGUGUGUUGCUGUCAGCGGCGAGGAUGUCCACGAACGCUCGCAAACGAGGUUCUGGGGUUGCGAAGUUCCAUGGAAGGUGACGAAAAUCAGCAGCACGAGAAAAGACAAGCCCCGAAAAAAGGCCCCCAACAAUGACGAGCCAGAAAGAGACGAGGCGACGGGAGCAAGAAAAAGGAAGCGUCCUGGGAAAAAGACGAGGAUCGCGCAGCGGAAUAAGGAGAGGGCAAGGAAAAUCACGGCCGAGGCGGUGAAAAUGCAGCAGAUGGAAAAGGAGGAGCACAUCAAGGAUAAAAAGAAGAGGCUCAAUAGGCUAAAGAAGCUGAGAAAGAGGGCGAAAGAGAAGGAGAAGAAGUCGGCAGCGACGACGACGACGGAACCUGAUGCAGAGGUGGCCUCGUCCGAUGGCGAGUCUGAUGUCUAA